AUGCCGUUCAAUACCCAACUCACCCAGAAGCUAGGGAUCAGAAUCCCCGUUGUCCAAGGUGGCAUGCAAUGGGUCGGAUACGCUGAACUGGCAUCCGCUGUCAGUAAUGCCGGUGGUCUUGGAAUCCUUACCGCCCUGACACAACCUACUCCCGAAGACCUUCGAAAGGAAAUCCGAAAGACUAGAACCCUGACCAAGAACCCGUUCGGCGUAAACCUCACCUUCCUACCGGCCCUCACCCCCCCAGACUACCCCGGCUAUGCCAAAGUCAUCAUCGAAGAAGGUGUCCGCAUCGUCGAGACUGCAGGGAACAACCCCGGCCCUAUCAUCACACAGCUGAAGAAGGCCGGCUGUAUCGUUCUUCACAAAUGCACAACCAUCAGACAUGCCAAGUCGGCCAUCAAGCUCGGCGUUGACUUUUUGUCCAUCGACGGCUUCGAGUGUGCCGGGCACGUUGGAGAGACCGACAUCACAAACUUCAUCCUGUUGAGCCGUGCCAGACAGGACCUGGGCGUUCCCUUCAUUGCAUCGGGUGGUUUCGCAGACGGCAACGGCCUAGCAGCUGCCCUGGCUCUGGGCGCCUGUGGAAUCAACAUGGGCACGCGGUUCAUGUGCACCGUUGAGGCACCCAUCCAUAUCAACGUUAAGAAGGCCAUCGUGAAUGCAGACGAGUCAGACACCCAGCUCCUCCUCCGCCGAUGGAGGAAUACAUCCCGACUCUUCAACAACAAGGUUGCGGCAGAAGCAUAUAAGAUUGAAAAGGAGAGUCAGACGGGCGACUUCAGCGAACUCGCCCAUCUCGUGAGCGGGAAACGAGGACGUCAGGUUUUCAUAGAUGGAGACGUCGAUCACGGAGUCUGGACUGCAGGACAGGUCAUUGGCAUUAUCCGUGACAUCCCAACCUGUGCCGAACUCCUCACUCGUAUCGAGAAGGAGGCGGUUGAUGUCAUGACCUCCACCAGCAAGCUAUAUACGCCAUCCCCCCAGAGCAAGCUCUGA